CCUCCCUGGUUUGUUUUACAUGCACACACACAAGAACUUCCUGUUGACGUCAUGACGUGGGAGCGUACCGAAACGCUCGAGCGAUAGUUCUGUUGGAACCUGUUGUAGUUUCAGAUAAUGAACUACAUUGUUUUAUUCGGAACGGAGCUUUCGUCUGGUCUUUCCUCUCCAUAAAGGUUUUUUUUUUUUAAUUAGCGGUUGAAUUGCUUUGUAUUAGGAUUAAACGUCAGAGAGAAGCCCUGCUUUCUCUCGCUCUUUCACUCCGACUGUUUCCACAGGACUAUCUUGUACUCAGGACAGGAGAAAUGCUCUUCUUGUAGACUAAGCUCUUGUCUUUUUUUGUCGAAAGAAGAGAUAUCUUGUUAUCUGCUCUGGAUAUGGCUGAAGCUCGAGUGGAGGAUGAAGAGGAAAGUUUGAGAGAGGCGCGUGAGGCCGGCGGCGCGAGGCGAAACCCGCGAGCUUCAGAGCGAGCAGAUAGGAACAAGCCUGAACAACGCCAGUCCAGCACUCAAGGCGCACUCUCGUCGAUCAGAGCUGUGAUAAAAAGGACGUCCACCAGAACAGCUGCUCCGGCCGACCAAAACAGAGAGAGACGACGUCCAGAGAUCACCAUCCUUGCAGCUGAACCUCUGUCCACAAACUCUUGGUUCCCAGGAGCCUCUGGGGCAUUUCCCCCUGCACCGCCCCCUGCUCAGCCAUCUUGGACUGGUUCUCUUACAGUACAGCUUCCCCCACCUUCAUAUGAACAGGUGAUUAGAGAAAAAAGGCAGGAGCAGAAUACCCAAUCCUCUGUUUCUUCCUCCUCCUCAUCACCCUCCUCCUCAUUAUCAUCAGCCUCUUCAUCCUCCGCUCCUCGUCAUACUGCCACCAUCGCCACACAGACCGAUCCAGAGACUUCUGAGACACAGAGCUGUUCCAGACCCUCGAUGCGCCGGCCCCCAAAACCACCGCGCCCAUCCCUCCCACUCAUUCCUAAACCUGCCGAGCCAGUACCUGCACACACACACACUUUGAUUGAACUGGGUGAGCCUGAUCCACCCUGUUCCACACACACUCCAACACACCCUCCUAGUGGCGAACAAUGUGGAGUUCAGACUGACUUCACUCAUGCACUGGAACCCUUGACUCCCAUCUCUCCUGACUCCUCCCACAUUACCCAUAAUUCUCAGUCACAGGCCCCAGUGAAACAGGAGGUUUCAGCACGCCCUAAGCCACGCCCUCGCUCCAAAGCUUUAGUGCAGUCGGUGAUUAAAGAAGAGGUUCAGGAUCAACCAAUAACAAGAGAGGUCAAAGUUCAGACCUUGGUGCGCCUUAAAGACGAUGGCACUGAGAGUGUUUUUGCCGGUUUUACUGACACUUCUUUAGACAUUGCAUCUAAUAAGUAUCUACAGGACCUGUUAGAUGUCUUUGGUUGUGAUAAACAAGACUUCGAAAGUGACCAACAUGAUGAAAAUGACCAAAGUGAGAAGAGCAGUGAAGAGGAAAGUGUCACUUUCGAAAGCUCUUUGGUUUCCACGGUUGCGUCUGAACCUUUGGAAACCAUAAAAAGACCAGAACCACGACCAAGAACCCAGAAUCCCAAACCACCCAUCGCCACAAAACCAUGUGACCCAACACAGAGUGUGGAGGAGACCAAAAUUUCUUCAGAAGAACAAAAUAAGCCAUUAGUUCAUCCAGUUCCUGCUCCCAGGCCACUGGUGAAAAAAUCAUCCGUGUCCCAGCAGCAGGGUUCCUCAGAGGAGAAAACCGAGCUCUGUCGACUCCGUCCACCUCCCAGACCUCCGUUAGCUGCACGCAUGUCUGGAUCUCCCAUCCAGGAAGCUCAGCCUGCAGAAGUGCCCUUUAACCCCUCAGGAAAGAGAGGUUCAGAAGAUCAGGACUCAUCUGUUGCUGCCUCUGGGAAGCCUGUAGCAAUCACAUCCUCUAGCAGAGGCAGGGGAAAAUGUCCAGCUAAGCCCCCGUUCCAGAGGAGGCCUCCACCCCCAGCACACACUCCUGCACACACUCCUGCACACACUCCUGCAAACACUCCUGCAAACACUCCUGCACAGGAUGCUGUCAGUGCUGUAAACGUUAACAAAUCUGGCCCAUCACUACCACAUCAAGCCAGUGAGGGUAGGCUGCUUCCUCUGCGUCCUCCUCCAGUCAAGUUGAGCAAAUCAGCAAGUUGCUCCCUGACUCAUGCUACAACCAAUCAGCUCUCGGGUUACAGGGGAGUCAAACGAGGACCACCACUGCCACCGAGACCAAAGCCUGGGCAUCCUCUCUACAGAGAGUACACAAGCAAAAUCCCUCAAGGAAACACUAAAGUAAACCCCCCUAGCAGUGAUCCUGAAGAAUCCUACCUUCAGAAAGAGAAGCUUCUUCUUGUUCUUGAUGACAAGGCGGGACCAACAGAGACACCAGGAGGUGUGAAAGGUCAACAUCAGGACUCGGUGUCAGAAGAACCCGUCUCUCAGAAGAGUCAGGAGCUGCAGAAAGAGCCACAGACGGAGGAGCAGCAGCCUGAGACAAACACCAGUGUCAGGUAUAGAGCCCACUUUGCGUUUGAUGGCGAAGACGGUGAGCUGACACUAUGUGACGGUGAUGUCAUAACGUUAAUAGAAUAUGUAAAUGAAGAGUGGGGGCGUGGCAGCCUUAAUGGACGCACAGGGCUCUUCCCUUUGAAUUUUGUCCAGCUUGUUCAGGAAAAUCCCGUAAAGAAAUCGACACCUGAGUCACCUGCAUCUGCAGUGUGUGUAGGAGAAGGGCAGACAGGCCGAGCUCUGUAUGAUUUCACUCCUGAGUCUGAAGAAGAACUCUGUCUCAAGGUUGGGGAUGUGGUGUCCUCCCUGGAGGAGGUGGAUGAGGAAUGGUUUGUAGGGGAAUUCGCCGGCCGACGUGGCAUCGUCCCGAAAAAUUACAUCCAGGUGCUCUAAAACACGAUCAAGAUGGAUAGAGCGAAAAGUGUUUACAUGCGGAAAGUAAAAAGUGUCGUCAUUUGUGUGUAAUCCAAUGGCCUUGGUCUCCUACUUAAAUGAACUCCAACACAAUCAAAUGUACCACUUUCAUAAACACAUUACUCACUGAUUGGUUUGUCUCUUAAUGUUUUCAUCCUCUAGACCUGUUCUGUUCUGCUCUGUUUAUCCGUUCACUGUCAUCCCAAAGCCAAAUGAUGAUACUGUAGUGUUGUGUUGGAGUUAAUCUAACUGGACUGUGAAGAGGGCCUGACAUUUGACAGACUAACGUCAUUAGAUUUUGAAAAGCUUUUAGUUCUAUUAAUGUUUUGCCUUUUUUUUUCUUUUUUUGUAAUUUGCACAGGAUACUUUUUGAUGUAGGUUACACCUACUGUACUAAUUGACACUGUGAAUAGCGAUCUCCCACUGAAACUCCUUUAUAGUCUGUGAGAUGGCUUAAUCUGUGGGGAAAUGAUGUCAAGGAGACUUAACCCAAAAUAAAUCCAGAUGAAUUAUUAUAAA